AUGGGGAAGUGCAGGAGCACCCUCCGAGAGCGCCUCGCACGCGCCAUCGCCAGACCACCGCGCAUCUCGGUGAGCAGACGGCCUUUCGAGGCAACGGCACGCCCGAAACCACCAGGCGACCAGGCAGCCGGCCAGCCAACCGCCGCCGUCCGGGAAGCACCCGCACCAACGGCGACCUCAGUCCGACGACCGCCGACCAUCCGCCAGCGAACCACCCGCUCGCGGCAAGAACGGCUAUACGAGGUAGCCCCCUCCAGCGCAACCACCGUCCGUCGAGCCGCGCUUCUGGCCACCUUCGGGUCCACCCUCUCGGACCUCGACGACGACGAUAGCGAGAACGACGACCACGAGGGAACCACCGAGCAUACCGCGGCCGUGCCCAUGCCGGACAUAGCGUCGCUAACGAUCACGGGGCCCAGCACGGCACCGCUAGGAACGACCCCAGCGGCACCGCCGCCCACAACGCUGCCAACGCCGCCACCAACGCCACGGCCCACACCACCACCUACACCGCUGCCAACGACGCCCAUGCCGCCGCCGACACAGCCAGCGCUCCUGCCGAUGACGCCGGCGCCGCCGUCAACACCACCCGCUCUGCUACCGGCUCCGGGGUAUUUCACCGGACCCCCGCCGCCGGAAGGCAUCCCAGCGACGCCACCGCCGCCCGGACCACCGGUCCCGCCAGCCGUUGCCAUCCCCGAGGGACCCUUCCCCGAGGACGCCCUCCGUGCCCUAGCAGAAGUUCUUUCCAGAAGCGUAGCAGAUUCUCCACAGGCAGCUGUUCCACCUGAUCUGAUUCUAGAAUACCUGAGCCCAGCAGGCAUGUUCUUGGUCCGACCAAUGCUGGACAGUAUUCAAGGAUGUGGAGGCUAG